AUGGAAGAAUUGAGAAUUGUUCUGUUGGGUAAGCAAGGAGCAGGAAAGAGUGCAUCAGGAAACACUCUUCUAGGUCGUAACCAAUUUCGAACGGGAGCCCACACAAUUUGUGUAACCAAGAUCUGUUCAGCCCAAACAUCCACUAUAGGCAGGCAAAGGAUCACAGUGGUUGAUACACCUGGAUGGCCUGAUUCUUCAUCUGAGACUGAAAUCAAGCAGGAGAUCAUGAAAUGCAUUGACAUGUGCAGUCCUGGACCUCAUGUGUUUCUCCUGGUGUUGCCCCUCGGAAGAUUUACUUACGAAGAGAUAAAAACAUUAAUCGAUAUUAUGACUGAAUUUGGUCCUGAAGCUUACAAACACAUGCUACUGCUGUUCACCAGAGGAGAUGAUCUGGAGGGGAAGACCAUUGAAGACUACCUUAAAAAUACACAAGAAGACCUAAAGAAAAUACUUGAGAUGUGUUCUGGAUAUCAUGUGUUCAACAACAGAGACAAAAGCAAAAACAUUCAAAGUCAAGUUUCUUCUAUUUUACAGAAGAUCAAUCGUAUGGUUGAAAACAAUGCUAAAAAUUGUUACACAAAGACUAUGUAUCAAAAUAAAGAUCAACAAAGAAAACAAGAGGCAUGGCAGACACAUGAAGAGAAUUUGGCAGCAAGCAAAUAUACUACUAAACAUAAAAAUACAGAAACAAAGAUGGGGAAAUACAGUGAAAUGAAUGAGAAAAGAGAAAAACAAAGCCAAAUAAGAGAAGUGAGGAAACAGAUUGGUAAAGAAGAGAAAGACACAGAAAUAGUGAUGCCCAUGAAUAAAAUAUCUAGCAAUGAUAGUAGGGGAGCACAGAGACAAGAUUAUAAUAGAAUGGAGCGAACAUCUGUUGAUAGAAGGGACAUUGAGUUGAUGUUAGAAUUACAGAGAACCAAUACAGAAAAACUUGAAAAAAUGACAGGCCGUCUAGACCAAGUGGAAAGAACUCUACAAGAAAUAAAAACUAUGCUUGAUGAAAGAUUGAAUCAAGAGAAUACAAAAAAACUGAACCGAGGACCUACUGCUCAAGGCAAUUCAGGUUUUAUAUCUAAGCUGUUUAGAAGCCGUUAG